AUGCAUUCAUUGGAUCCAAUCGACUGUGAGGAGACCAGUACGAAAUGCUGGAUCCCUUCAAAGCGCAGGAAUGUGAGCUCCAAGAGAAAGUGGGGGGUGAGCCUUCUCGAGCCCUCGCAAGCUCCACCAGCUGAGGUGCUCAAAGGAAAGCUGUACAUAGGAAACAGAGAGCAGGCAACCAACUGGGAGACUAUCACUUCCCUGGGGGUCACUCAUAUCAUUAACGUGUCGAGACAAGACUGCAGGCCCUUCGCCUCGCACGUGCAGUAUUAUCACUGCGGUAUCCCCGAUCAGGUUGAUGCAGACCUGACCAAGGCAUUGCACAGCUCGUGGGAUUUCUUCCAAGAAGCGACCAACAGACGGGAUGACGCUUGCGUUCUCGUUCACUGCGCCAGCGGAGUCUCGCGAUCGGUAGCGAUGGUUUCUUACUUCCUCAUGCGACUGGAGGGGAUCAGCUUCUACGAAAGCCUUGAAAGAAUCCGGGCAACGCAUCCCGCAGCUCAGCCUAACAUCGGGUUCGUGCGUCAGCUGCAGGCACUAGAGCGUGGCUUGUGCAAGUAUGAGUCAGGAAGCGCCAACUUGUUUCAAGAGGUUCCCUUCUACGUAAAGUUGCAGCCCUGCCCUUAUGGCUCAGGCUGGACUGAAAAUGUUUCUGAAUAA